AUGUCUGACCAAAUCAGUGAGGAGGCGCGCCGCGCUGUCAACGAGGCCCUUGCCACGGCCGGCAGCGCCGCCGUGCGCCAGUUAGUCGACACUGCCCAUUCGUCCAAGAGCAGGCGCAAAGCAAACAAAAGCAAGAAGAUGGAAGAAGAAGGCGUGAAAAAGGAGGAAGUGGGCGAGUCCAAGGUUCGCACCCGCGGAAACUCACAACGCUGA